AUGUCAGCACUAGCGGUGCCAUUUUACCAGAGGAGACACAAACACUUCGAUCAGUCCUAUCGCAAUAUUCAGACAAGAUAUGUUCUUGAAGAAUAUGCAGCAAGGAAGGCUGCUUCCAGACAGGCUGCCUAUUAUGAAUCAUCUGGCAGCCUGGGAAAAACAACAUGUAGACUGUGUGCCAGGAGGGCACGUACCUUGGCUCAUGAAGCAAUGCAAGAAUCCAGGAAAAGAACUCAUGAACAAAAGUCACAUGCAAGUGAAGAGAAAAGGAUCCGGUUUGCCAGCGAGUUGUCUGCUUUGGAGAAAGAGAUUCAUACAGCCAGGCACCGUGCUAGAGAACAACUGGACAGACUUGCUGUACAAAGGAUGGUAGAAGAAAAUAUGGCCCUGGAAAGACAUGCUGUUGAGGAAAGUAUAAGUCGAGCUCCUGAAAUUCUGGUGCGUCUGAGGUCUCACACUGUCUGGGAAAAGAUGUCUGUGAGUCUUUGCUUCACUGUACAAGGAUUUCCCACCCCUGUUGUACAAUGGUAUAAAAAUGAGGAACUGAUUUCCCCUGCAAGUGAUCCAGGAAAGUACAGAAUUGAGAGCAAAUUUGGAGUACAUGUAUUGCAUAUACACAGAGCAGAUUUUGAUGAUUCUGCUACCUAUUCAGCAGUGGCAACAAAUGUCCAUGGGCAGGCAUCAACAAAUUGUGCUGUGAUUGUGAGAAGGUUCAGAGGGGAAGAAGAGCCUCAGCCGGCGGGGAUAAUGCCCUUCCACUUGCCCCUCUCAUAYGAUGUUUGCUUCACCCAUAUUGAUGUCCAGUUUCUGGAGAAAUUUGGAGUCACCUUUGCAACUGAAGGUGAAACACUAACCCUUAAAUGCUCCAUGCUGAUUACCCCAGAACUGAAAAGACUAAGACCUCGUGCUGAGUGGUAUCGAGAUGAUGUGCUAAUAAAGGACUCCGAAUGGACAAAGAUGUACUUUGGAGAAGGCCAAGCAGCUCUGUCUUUUACCCAUCUGAACAAGGAUGACGAAGGUCUAUAUACCCUGCGUAUGGUUACAAGAGGUGGGGUGAAUGAAUACAGUGCAUACCUGUUUGUAAGAGAUGCUGAUGCAUUGGUCGCAGGAGCACCGGGGGCCCCAAUGGAUGUUAAAUGCCACGAUGCUAACAGAGACUAUGUUAUUGUUACUUGGAAACCACCAAACACGACCAGUCAGAGCCCAGUCAUUGGCUAUUUUGUUGACAAGUGUGAAGUUGGUUUGGAAAACUGGAUCCAGUGCAACGAUGCUCCUGUGAGGAUCUGCAAGUAUCCCGUGACUGGUCUCUAUGAAGGGCGGUCUUACAUAUUCCGUGUGAGAGCUGUGAACAAUGCGGGUAUUAGUAGGCCUUCUCGUGUCUCUGAACCGGUGGCAGCUCUUGACCCUGUUGACCUGGAGAGAACACAAACUGUUCACGUGGAUGAAGGGCGAAAGGUUAUAAUCCGAAAGGACGACCUCGAAGGCGAUAUUCAGAUUCCAGGCCCUCCCACCAAUGUACAUGCCUCGGAAAUCAGCAAAACAUAUGUUGUACUCAGCUGGGAUCCACCUGUUCCUCGUGGCAGGGAGCCACUGACGUAUUUCAUUGAGAAGUCUAUGGUUGGCAGUGGAAGCUGGCAAAGAGUCAAUGCACAGGUUGCUGUAAAAUCUCCUCGCUAUGCUGUGUUUGACCUCGCAGAAGGAAAGCCGUAUGUUUUCCGAGUCUUGUCAGCAAACAAGCAUGGACUCAGCGAUCCAUCUGAAAUCACAGAACCCAUUCAACCACAAGAUACUGUUGUUGCACCAUCUACACCUGGUCGAGUAGUGGCCACAAGGAAUACAAAAACGUCAGUUGUAGUUCAGUGGGAUAAACCAAAGCAUGAAGAGGCUUUGUAUGGCUACUACAUUGAUUAUUCAGUGGUGGGAUCAAAUCACUGGGAAGCUAGUAACCACAAGCCUAUUAAAUACAACAGGUUUGUUGUUCAUGGUUUGGAAACUGGGGAGCAGUAUAUCUUCCGUGUAAAAGCUGUGAAUUCUGUAGGAUUCAGUGAAAACUCUCAGGAGUCUGAGGCCAUAAUAGUACAGGCAGCCCUCAGAGGAAGUGUGUCUCAUAUGGCUUGUCCAUCACAUCCUCAUGGCAUCACCCUUCUUAACUGUGAUGGUCAUUCAAUGACGCUUGGCUGGAAAGCACCGAGGUUUAGUGGAGGUUCACCAAUCCUUGGUUAUUAUAUCGAUAAAAGGGAAGCUAACCAUAGAAACUGGCAUGAAGUCAACUCUUCUCUUAUUCACCGGACAAUUUUUACGGUAGAGGAUUUGAUGGAAGAUGCCUUCUAUGAAUUCAAAAUUGCUGCUGCAAAUCUGGUUGGCAUAGGUCAACCUUCAGAUCCCAGUGAACAUUUUAAGUGUAAAGCCUGGACUAUGCCAGAACCUGGUCCUGCCUAUGAUCUCACAAUUUGUGAAGUUAGAAAUACGUCACUGGUUCUUCUGUGGAAAGCUCCAGUGUAUGAAGGCCAAAGCCCCAUUACUGGGUAUUUUGUGGACUAUAAAGAAGUAGAUACAGAAGACUGGAUCACAGCUAAUGAAAAAACAACUUCACAUCGCUAUCUUAAGGUCACUGAUUUACACAAAGGUCAUACUUAUGUUUUCAAAGUUCGUGCAGUGAAUGAGGCUGGCAUAGGCAAGUCAUCUGAGGUGUCUGAACCAGUGCUUGUUGAGACAAGACCAGGAACAAAGGAAAUAUUUUCAGGUGUGGAUGAUGAGGGUAAUAUUUAUCUGGCUUUUGACUGCAAAGAGGCUACUGAUGCAUCUCAUUUUGUAUGGGGUAAAUCCUAUGAAGAGAUUGAUGAUCACGAUAAGUUUAAGAUUGAAACUGAAGGAAAUCAUUCUAAGCUGUACUUCAAAAAUCCUGAUAAAUCAGACUUGGGAACUUAUUCUAUCUCAGUAAGUGACACAGACGGGAUUUCAUCGAGCUUUGUUAUGGAUGAAGAAGAAUUGGAACGUUUGAUGGAACUAAGCCAUGAAAUAAGGAAUCCAACAAUACCUCUGAAAUCAGAAUUAGCUUAUGAGGUCCUUGAGAAAGGAGAAGUUCGUUUUUGGAUUCAGGCUGAAAGCUUAUCACCAGAUUCUACCUACAGAUUCGUUAUUAAUGAUAAGGAAGUUAAUAACGGUGAUAGGCAUAAAAUAAGUUGUGAUCGUUCCACUGGCAUAAUAGAAAUGGUGAUGGAAAAAUUUACAAUUGACAAUGAAGGCACCUACACAGUACAGAUUCAAGAUGGAAAGGCCAAGAACCAGUCUUCAUUAGUUCUUAUUGGAGAUGCAUUCAAGACAGUAUUGGCUGAGUCUGAUCUCCAGAGAAAAGAAUUUCUCAGGAAGCAAGGUCCUCAUUUCUCGGAGUUUUUGCAUUGGAAAGUUACAGAAGAAUGUGAAGUUUUACUUAAUUGUCAGGUGGCAAACACAAAGAAGGAGACUGUUUUCAAAUGGUAUAAAGACGGUUCUGGGAUUGAGGCUGAUGAGGUGCCUGAUCUGCAGAAGGGAGAAUGCCACUUCACUAUUCCCAGGCUGUCUCGCAAAGAUGAAGGAGUUUAUAAGGCAACACUGUCAGAUGAUAGAGGUCAUGAUGUAUCUACACUUGAAUUAUCAGGAAAAGUGUAUGAUGAUGUAAUGCUUGCACUGAGUGGAGUCAGUGGUAAAUCUGCUUCUCAGCUAAAGAUCCUUUGCACAGAGGAAGGAAUAAGACUCCAGUGUUUCUUGAAGUACUACAAUGAAGAAAUGAAAGUCAGCUGGUUUCACAGGGAAUCUAAGAUUCCUUCUGGUGAAAAAAUGAGGAUUGGUGGUGGAGAGGAAGUUGCCUGGCUGCAGAUAUGUGAACCCACUGAAAAGGAUAAGGGGAACUAUACCUUUGAAAUUUUUGGUGCCAAAGAAUCCUACAAACGUACACUUGAUCUAUCUGGGCAAGCCUUUGAUGAUGCAUACACAGAAUUCCAACGACUCAAGGCAGCAGCUUUUGCUGAGAAGAAUCGUGGUAAAGUCAUUGGUGGUUUGCCUGAUGUUGUGACUAUAAUGGACGGCAAGACUCUGAAUCUGACCUGUACUGUGUUUGGAAAUCCUGACCCAGAAGUGGUUUGGUUCAAGAAUGACAAGGCCUUUGAACUUAACGAGCACUAUGUUGUUUCACUGGAACAUGGGAAAUAUGCCAGUUUAUCAAUCAAGGGAGUGACCUCAGAAGACUCAGGCAAAUACAGCAUCUACGUCAAGAACAAGUAUGGUGGGGAAACAGUGGAUGUCACUGUAAGCGUGUACAGACAUGGUGAAAAAAUCCCUGAAGUUAAACCAGGCCAACUUGCUAAGCCCAGGCCAAUACCACCAUCAGAAGAAGUCCUAGGACAUGAGGCAAAUGCAAAGCCUAAACAGAAGUAA